CUGAAAUAGACCAAGGUCUACGAUGUGAUCCACCACACGCGCGCUCCAUGCGCCAAACAAUGUCGGGUUUCCAGUGUUUGAAACAUAUAUUCGCUGUCCGCGGCAGCUCUGCAACCAGCUCGAGCUUGGGCCACCAUGUCGCAGUCGGAGACCAAGACACCAGCUGUCCAUAACCUCGCGAACAUACACAUCACUUGUGAUAAUCCUAAAUUCGCUUUUUGCCCAGCUGGCGGCCUGUGUCUGUUUGUCUACAGUCUCUUUCAAGAUACCCAAUUGUGUCCUAGCACCGGUCUGCUAAUCCUUGCGAUUGUCGCAUGCGGCUUCGUGCAACGCGGGCGGAGCUACUUUCAUCUGUUACUAUCUUUACUGAAGUGCUGUGUAACCAAUCACGCCAGUAUAAUCGCGAAGAUUAGCUCCCAGGAGCACUGCCGCCGCCAUGUAUAUAACCCCACGGACCCUUCAGACGCUCGCCUGGUCCACCCUGGCACUCUCCGCAGUGCGCGCACAGCAUAUCAUAGACAACCUCAGCUUCGGCCACAAGGAUGGCGUCUACAUCUCGCCUGACCUGCGCGCCAUUCCGCAUUUCGACGUCCAGGGCGUCGACGACUACAAGCCCCAGAUCCUCUCUGACCGCGUUAUCCUCACACCACCCUACCCGGGUAGCAAGCGCGGUGCGCUAUGGGCGAUCGAUCCCAUGCACCACAUUGGCGAGUGGACGGCGGAGCUGGACUUCCGGGCGACAGGCAUGGAGCGAGGAGGUGGAAACCUGCAGCUCUGGUAUGUCAAGCAGAGCCAAGCGCACGAGAAGCCAAACAGCCUGUACACCACGCCCAAGUUCGACGGCUUGGUGCUUGUUAUAGAUCAGUACGAGGGCCACGGGGGCUCAGUGCGGGGUUUCCUGAACGACGGGACGAUAGACUUCAAAUCACACCCGAACCCAGACCAGCUGGCUUUCGGGAAGUGCGACCACGCAUACAGGAAUCGCGGACUUCUCAGCAAGCUGAAGCUGCACCACAAGAACGGCCUGCUCGAAGUCACUAUAGAUGACGAGACCUGUUUCAAGACCGACAAGGUCAAACUCCCCGCUGACUACUACUUUGGUAUCAGUGCCGCCUCGGCGGAGAACCCCGAUUCCUUCGAGGUCCACAAGCUCAUCAUCUCGACCACAACCUCCAACACCCGUGAAGAGCCCAAAGGCCAACAAGUCGACUCGCGCAACCAGCAGCACCAGCAGCCCGUCCAGAACCAGCCGCACCAGGGCUCUGCGCAGCAACAACAUGCACAGCAGCAGAGCUCGCCCCCUAAGAAGAUGGCAUCGGCGCAGUCGAUUCCCCCCUGGAUCCAGGACGUGCUAGCCACCAGCGUCAAGACCGACAACGACCGCUUCGAGGACCUGCACAACCGUAUCCAGGACAUCGCGCACCACGUCGCGUCCAUCUACACCGCGAUCGAGGCCCUCAAUGCGCAGUCCGAACAGCUCCACAACGCGCUCCUGGCGCGCCUGGGCCCCAUCGACGAGCGCCUGUCGCACAGCGUGCGCCUCUCCGAAGCCACGUCCAGCAACGCCGCCCAGAUCCUGCGCGACCUCGAGAGCAAGGACUACAAGCAGGCGCUCGCGGCGAUGCACCGCCGGCUCGAGGACAACCACAAGGACAUCCCGAACGUGGUCAAGGCGGUGGUGCAGCAACACGGGCUGGGCUGGAUGAGUCUGCUCGCGAUCGCGUUCGCGGUGCAGGUCAUGGUGGUGGGCGCAUACCUGGUGUACAAGAAGAGGCGCGGCGGCGCGCCGAAGAAGUAUUUGUAGAUGUGUGAGGGGUGGGGGUGUUGUGUUUAGAUUCGGUUGGUUUGGGGCGGGGCCGCGCCUGCAUUGCUCGGCGUUGGGGGGAUGAUAUCACGCUCUGCUCUGCGCUGUUCAGCAAUACAUCGUUCACUACUACUACCUGUGCUGUGCUGUGUUGCGUGCCGUGUAAACAUCCAGCGUGAACGUCCAGCGUGAACGCCCGGCGCUUGGCUGCCGCGACUGUGAUGACG